GUUUUGAUGACGGAAGAGACUGUUCAGGAAACCUCGAAAGCUUACGUCAGAAGCAGUUGAGUAAGGAGAACGACAUACGCAGAACUCCGUUGACAACAUGUUGGUGGCAAGGCUGACAUGCUUGAGGAGCCUUCCCCACGUCGGGCUCCGUCCCGUUCUGUCAAACGGCUCGGCUGCCCUGAGAUCAGCCACCCUGAAGCCGUGUCCGACCAUGAUCCGUCCCCAGCAGGGGUUUUCCUCUAAAGCCAGAUUUGGUUUCCGCCGUGUGAGGACAGCCAGAGACCAAAUUAAGGAGGCUGCGUUCGAGCCAGCCACAGACACUGCUUUGAAAAUUGACGGCAUGGGGAGAAUGAUUCUAGCUGGAGGUGCCGCAGUCGGACUGGGAGCUCUUUGUUACUAUGGCCUGGGCAUGUCCAAUGAGAUUGGUGCCAUUGAGAAAGCAGUGAUCUGGCCUCAGUAUGUGAAGGACAGGAUCCACUCCACGUACAUGUACUUUGCAGGCAGCAUUGGACUGACGGCGCUCUCUGCAGUCGCAGUGAGUCGGACCCCGGCGCUCAUGGGACUCAUGAUGAGAGGAUCCUGGCUGGCUAUCGGAGCCACUUUUGCAGCCAUGAUCGGCGCAGGCAUCCUCGUCAGGUCCAUUUCCUAUGAGCACAGCCCCGUGUCCAAGCACCUGGCCUGGAUGCUGCAUGCAGGCGUGAUGGGCGCCGUCGUUGCUCCCCUCACUCUCCUGGGAGGACCCCUGAUGAUGAGGGCCGCCUGGUACACAGCAGGGAUUGUGGGAGGGCUGUCCACAGUGGCCAUGUGCGCCCCCAGUGAGAAGUUCCUCAACAUGGGUGGGCCGCUGGCUGUUGGCUUUGGAGUGGUCUUUGCCUCCUCUAUUGGCUCCAUGUUCCUGCCACCCACCUCAGCUUUCGGAGCCGGCCUGUACUCGGUGGCGAUCUAUGGUGGUCUGGUCCUCUUCAGCAUGUUCCUCCUCUAUGACACCCAGAAGGUCAUCAAGAGGGCGGAGACGCACCCCCCCUACGGCGUGCAGAAAUAUGACCCCAUUAACGCUUGCAUGGGGAUCUACAUGGACACACUCAACAUCUUCAUGAGGAUGGUGAUGAUUUUAGCCAAUGGCGGCGGGGGCAGAAGGAAGUGAAUACCUGGAUUCUUAGCUCCGCCCGCCUCCCCUUUGGCAACGCAGCGGUGUGUCAUAUCUUAGCAGAAAGCAAGGAAUCCUCUAAUAGCCACCCGUGUUGUAUUAAUUACCAUCAACACACAAAUGCUUCACUUAGAUGAAGAUGUUGUGCAGAGAUAAUUGCUGUUGAAGACAGACUUGUUUUUUUGUGGCUUCCAUUGGUGUUGCUGAUUUACAUGUCCUAUUUAUUUCUUAUGAAAGUAGCACGAUAAAUUCCAUACUUAAGUUCUGUUCUGAGUUUUUGAGGGACUAUUGUUCUGUUAAUAGAGGAAAUCAUUCAAUAAAGAUGAUGGGACAUUUUUCCUAAUUUUCAUCUCCAAAA